UACCCCCUCCCAAGCCGCCUAGCGCAAUGGUCGGAUCCGAGGCGGGGCUGCCGGCGCUUUUCAGGCGGAAGGAGCUCGCGCGACCGGCGCCGAAUCACAGGACGGGGCGUGGUGCUUGGCCGGUUCUGGCAGUGCUCCUCCUCUUUCCGGGACCGAGACGCUCUGUGGCACCAUGUCUGCUUACCCCAAAAGCUACAACCCUUUCGAUGACGAUGCGGAAGACGAAGACUCUCGUUCAGCCCCGUGGAGAGAUGCCCGCGACCUCCCCGACGGAUCCAACGCACCCGCCGACAGGCAGCAGUACCUGCGUCAGGAGGUGUUGCGCAGGGCAGAGGCCACAGCCGCCAGCACUAGCAGGUCCCUGUCCCUUAUGUACGAGUCCGAGAAGAUUGGGGUUGCCUCUUCCGAGGAACUAGUUCGACAGCGAGGAGUCCUAGAACACACAGAAAAGAUGGUGGACAAAAUGGAUCAAGAUUUGAAGACUAGCCAGAAACACAUCAACAGCAUUAAGAGUGUGUUUGGGGGGCUCGUCAAUUACUUCAAAGCCAAACCAACGGAGACCCCAUCUGAACAGAAUGGUACUCUUGCUCCCCAGCAGAACAGCAGAUUAAAAGAAGCCAUAAAUACAAGUAAAGAACAGGAGACAAAGUACCAAGCCAGCCAUCCAAACCUCAGAAAGCUGGAUGAUGUAGAUUCUGUCCUUGGAGGGCCUGGUUCUGCUGUGAAUACAGAGGCUUACCCAAAGAACCCACACCUUCGAGCCUAUCACCAGAAAAUUGACAGCAACUUAGAUGAACUGUCCAUGGGACUAGGCCGUCUCAAGGACAUAGCCCUGGGGAUGCAGACAGAAAUUGAGGAGCAAGAUGACAUUCUUGACCGACUAACAACUAAAGUGGACAAGUUAGAUAUCAAUAUAAAAACCACAGAAAAAAAAGUUCGACAACUCUAAAGAUAGAGAAAGUGCUCCAUUCUGUUGUGAUGAAAAGAUUGGAAAGAUCUUGUUUUAAAUUCUCAAGAAAUUUCAUGUAUUACUUAGUAUGUAAUUUAAUGUGUGUUUACAAAUGUUAUAACAGAAUGGGUCUUAAGAGAUUUUUGUUGAGAUGAAGAAAUGUGUCCUAUUUUUUUUUUUUUUAGAGCCAACACCUGCCUUAAAUUCUUUCAGCUAAAUAACUGAGAGUUUUUAGUUUGAGCACAGUAGUCUAGCCCUGAAUAUCUUUGGCCUUUGAUUACCAUCCUCAAAGUAGAAGAAAAAGUUUCAUUUCUUACUUUCAUCAGUAUAUGGGAGGAUAUGGGCAAAAUUUCAGUCUGGCAACCAUACCCUGUGUUUCCCUAUUUGUUAUAUUUCUCAUUUCUAGGCCUUAUGUAAGUCAGAGUGUAAGGGACCCUGUUCUUAGCAACUUGAGAGGCUGAGACAGGAGGAUCCCAAUUUCAAGGCCAGUCUCAGUAACUUAGUGAGAACCUUAGCAACUUAGUGAGACCCUGACCCUAAAUAAAAAAUAAGAUUAAAAAACUACUGUUUAUAUCUCAGUGGUAAAGCACCCCUGAGUUCAAUCCGAAGUAUUAAAAAAAAAAAAAAGUUGAAAGAAACCCUGUGUUCAUGGGGGAGGGUCCUUCCCACACCCUUAUAAUGGAAGUCAUUGCACACACCCAAUUUUGAGCACAUUGUGAUUAGAUUCUCUCCUCCCCCUAGAAAAAUAUCAGUGUUAGAUCCAGACAUAUAGUAUGGCACAUUCUUUGCUCUUUUGUUGACAGAUGUCACCUGUUCUCUUACUGAGCUCUGUCAUUGGUAUACAUUUCAAUAGGUGGGCUUUAGACCGGCAUUGCUCAAGGUGAUGCCUGGAAUGGGCAGGGAAUUGGCCCCUACCUACUCUUACAUUCUCCAUCUGUGGUUGGAAACAGAUUCUCCAUUGGCUCAAGGACACCUUGCUGACUGACCCAAGGUGUCUGUAGAAUUUAUGGAAAUAGAAUAACAUACAUAUGGGCUACCAGUGGUCUUAUUCCACUGAGCCCUUCACCCCACUGGGGAAUCACCAUUGCCAAGUCCUCAGCAUAGCAGAGUGUUUAUUUGAUGCCUGGAGUCCUCUGACUCAUCCAAGACUCUCAACCACUCUUCUGUUACUUCCUGCAAGGUGACAUUUGAAUCAUUGCGUUGGUUCUCUGUCACCCAGUUUUAGGAAUAAAAUUCCACAAAUGAUGCUGACCUUGUAUAGAAGGAUUUGGCUAGGAAAAAAUAUAAAGCUGGGUAUGAGCUACAUUCCCAGCUCACCCUUAUCUUUUUAAAAAACAAUUAAAAUAUUUCAAAGAUGGUAAAAAGUACUGAUUUUAAUAGUAAGGUCAGAAACUUGAAGUAACAGUGCCUUUCCACUUAAAAUGUGGCACCAGCCUGUGGAUCCUGUGGCAUUUCAUGAUGCUUUCCUUUAAAGUCUAUAGUCUAUAAAUGAAUGUCCCACAAAGCAAAGGAAGCCUCCUUAAAGUACUUGUUACAGGGCUAGGAUUAUAGCUCAGUGGUAGGGCACUUGCCUAGCACAUAUGUGGCCCUGGAUUCAAUUUCUGACACUACAAAAACAAACAAAAAAGUGUAACAGUGCAUUAGUUUUUUUGUUUGGUUUUGGAUUUUUAUUUUGAUGUUUUGUUGUUGUUGUUGUUUUUUUUAACAAUAUUGGGGAUUGAACCUAGAGCCUCAUGCAUGUUAGGCAAACACUUUCCAACUGAGCUACAUCCUCAGCCCACAACUAGCAUCUAUAUAGCAAUUUGUAAAAGUUUCAUCCCUGACAUUCAAACCUUCCUAAAAAUAGUGGCAGCCUGGCUGGAGAUGUAGCUGAGAGUUAGAGUGUUUGUCUAGCAUGAGAGGCCCCAGAAUUGAUCCCCAGUGCUGUUGGGGAAAAAAAAUGUUUUUCAUUUAAAAAAUGCAGACCAGCUUUUGUAUAUUUAAUACCUCCUAAUGGUUUCUGAUUUUUUUUCCUCUAACACCUUCCUAUCAUAAUGUUUCUCUUUAUCACCAUCAGGCACAGAGUUGUGGAGAUUUUAACCAUUAUACCUCAGAUUUAAGUAUUUUUGUUGUUUUAAAUAAAUACACAGUGGUGCAUGCCUAUAAUCCCAGUGACUUGGGAGACUGAGGAAGGAGGAUUGCAGGUUCAAGGCCAGCAAGACCCUAUUUCAAAAUAAAAAGGGACUGAGGUGUGAUCAGUAGAAGAGGACCUCGGAGUUCAAUCCUCAGUACCACAAAAAAUAAAUACAUAUGUAAACAUUCUCAUCAACAGCCUUCCAUUUGCAUUAUGGAAUAAGUGAUUCAUCUUAGUUGAAGCAAAGUAACAUUUCAUGAAUCUUCUCAAUCUUCUCUUUUGUUAGGGUAAUGAAACCAAUCAUUCCCCUUCCUUUUUUUGAUAUGGGGGAUUCUACCCUUUUGCUUUAUCUGUUUUCCUCACAUUAGAGGGCCUGUUCCUGUUCAGAACCUCUUGUUCUAAAGGCUUUUCCUGAGGGACUGUCCCUAUGCUGUUGACAGCUGGCUGCUGCUUCUUGCUAAGUCUUCACCUACUCCCUACCCCAUGAAGGACUGGUUGCUGAUGCUACUUAUAAAGCGGAGUUGUUUGUAUUUUCACAGAGAACAAAGGAAGACCUGAGGAGGCUCCAGAAUCUAUCUUUAUGAUAGAUCUUUAUGAUUGUGAUCAAAAAGAAAGAAUCCUACCUUUUGGAUUAGACAUGCAAAGGUGCCAUGGCUGGGGCUAAUUAUGGAGCAGACUUUGGCACCCCAGUCAAUAUCAAUAAACUCAUCUUUCUUGCCAGAUGGGAUCCACAAGACAGAUUUUGAUUUCCACAGGGGUCUUUUCCACAUUGUUUAGAAAAGGAAACCUCAGUUUAACUCAAGUGGCAAGAAAAAAAUAUAGCAGAGAUUUUCAUUUUUCUUAACUUCUUUUUUGUAAAUAUGUAAUUUUAAGUAUACACUACACCAGUUUAGUAAAAAUCUUCCACAAGCCUUUCUACAAAAUUUUUUUAAAAAUUAUGAAUAUUGUUAAGUAUCUUCAAUUAUGAUGAAUGAAAUAUAUCAUAUACAUGUUGAUGAGCCAGUCAUUGAAAAUGCUUAUCUUGGUAUCAUCUUGAGAUGGGGACUUUUUUUCAGAAUAUGUAUCAGAACAGAUAGUAUCCUCCAUGCCUUCAACUUAACAAAUGAGCAUAUUCCAUAAAAUAAAAUGUGAAGCUGUUUUUUAACCAAA